AUGGCGCUUGCCCCGGUUUCCAGAGCUCUGGCACUUCUGUUAUACCUGACCGCAGCGAUUUCUGCGCAACCGACUUCCGAUUUCACGAUCGUAAAUGGCCAGAUAUAUACUCCAGGAUUAGCCAUCGUCGACGCGCCACAGCCUUUCACGCCUCUAGGAGGAGACUUCCUCCAAGUGGCGCUCGACAUCUCUGGCAACGGUAAACUCCCACAGCCGUACUAUCCACCGAAGGGAGAUACAGGAACCCUGAGCAUCACCAUCUUCCUGUUCAGUUACAACACCUUCCUCAACCUGACGAUAUCAAACGGCACUCGCUCAGGUUGGCGCGAAGAUACAUUCGAAGACGCAGAGUUCAAGUGCAGCGGGACGACGACCCAGGGCUUCCAAAAUGCCGGCUGUCAGGAAAUCAUGGCCCAAGAGAGCGGAAGCACUGUGAAGCACGUCAACUGGGCAUGGCCCGACUGUUUGGUCGGGAUCGACGAGAGUGAUAGGGAUAGGGGCUCGUAUAAUGUGCGACAAGAGAACGCCUGUCCUGCCAGCUCCAUGCAAAGUCUGACGUUCUGA